UAUAAUUGCUAUUAUUUAUGCAAGUACGUACAAGGCCAAGCACAAACUGGUGAAAUUCACGAAGAGUUCCCAGGUGGUCUCCAGAGCGCAACGGGGUGUUAAUUGAAGAGUGUUCACUGUCACAUCCAGAUGUCAGAAAAGGCCUACUCUGUUCCUGUGCAACGUGCGGCUAACAUGUAGUCGGAUGACCUGGUUGUUCCUUUCAAAGUGAUAUCCAUGUGAUGGGUAUAAUUCGAGUGCUAUCUGUUAUUCUUUUGACCUGAAAUGCAAGGAAACAUUUCACAUGUACUGGAGUUUAUGAACAUUUCUACGCGUAUAAACUACGUUGGUUUGGUUCUGACGGUAACCAGUUGCGCAUUUUUAUUUUUUACUCUAUUCGUUGGCAUUGCAGCGAAUGUGUUCGUGGCAUGGGCUGUGCAUAACCAAAAGUCCUUACAAACGUCCAACAAUGCAUUGUUGGUAAAUCUCGCAGUGAUAGACUUUUUACGUUGCGUUAUCGACUGCCCGUUAAUUUUAGUCAUUUUUCUAAAUGGAGACACUACUGAUCAAGUUGGAUUUUCAUUGUGCAACGCACAGUUUGCUUCGUUCUCCAUCACCUGUUGUGUCCAGCUGCUUACUUUGGCUAGUAUCAGCGCUGAGAGAUACCAAGCCAUAGCACACCCAUUCGAAACAACUGAACGGCGUAAACGGGUUAUGAUAUGGAUUCCUUCAACUUGGACAGUGGCAAUUCUUUUAUCUAUUCUUUGCUUACUGUUUGUGAAGGACUCUUCAGUGUACGUAAAGUGCAAGGGAAUGGACAUAAAAGAACUCCCGUCGUACGACACAUUUGGAAUGUAUAUUUUAAUGCCACUGUGGACUGCUUGUCUGGCAGUCAUCGUUGGAUUCUAUGCUCGCAUCUUUAUACUAGUAAAAGCCCAUAGAAGAAAAAUAUUUGACAAAGGUAUAGUGCGGACUCUUGAUGACACCAAUGGCAACGCGAAGAGCACUAAGGUAACUAAUGAAAGCACGAUAAAGGAAAUUAUUAAUAUCGUACCAGAAGUCACUGUCAAGACGGAUUUUACUUAUCGUGCGCAAGAGGAACCUGCUUCUACGGACAACAUAUUACCGUGUGAAAACAAUACUGUGUCCGCGCCAUUUCACACAACCGACCAUGAUUUAACAUUGGACAGACAUCAUACAGAAACAAAAGACUCCUCUAGAGUUUUCACCGAAAACAGUGACUCGACAAAGCGUGUUUCUUCUUCGCAGACCAGAGCACUCGUGGUGAUAGACCUUGAGAAGCGCGAGGACGACUGCGGACUCCAACCGCAGCCUUUGAAUACCGUAUCCGAGUCAGCGACGUUGCAGUCUGCUGGAGAAAAACAAACAGACACCCAAACAACCAUUCCGCCGGAACCUGAGAAUCAAGGUGAUAUAGCAGGUGCUGUCUGCAUGAUGCCAUCCCACUUUAACUCAGACAGGGCUAAGAAAAAUAAAGAGGGCAAAUUGGCAAAACGCUCCGGUUACAUCAUUCUUACUUUCCUGUUAUUUUGGACACCAUUCAUCGCGACAGUCCUUGCAAAUUACUUUAUCAACUUCAUCAAAUACACAAGUAUGGAAAUUGAAUUGGAGUUGGAAAUACUGAGUGUCUCCUUGGUCUGCAUGACAUCUGUCACCAAUCCAAUAAUUUAUGCUGUUGUAAACCCGCAAUUUCGAACGGAAUUUUACAGCCUAAGAUCUAAAUUUAAAUCAAUUUGUAUGACAUGAAAUAUGAAAGAAAAAAGUUUGUUUGUAGGAUUAACUAUGUACAUAUUUGCUUGCCUAAUUCGUUUUGACCUCUCUUUCUGAAGAAAAUUUAAAUAUAAUUUUAGUUUGAAAUGGUUUUCAAAUAAGAGAAUGGUGGUUGUGAUGGUGGUGAAGGCUAUGGUGCCUAUAGAUCUGCCUAUAGUGCCUAUAAUAAUGUGCUUCUAUUGGUUUUGUAUAAUGUAUGUUACCACAUUGAUCCACCUUCCACUUUAGUGGUACACUAAAACAUAAACUAUUGUUUUUCAUCUUGUGUAUCAAAUAUUUUGCAUCAAAUGUAACAAAGGGAUUACUUGUGUUUUUAUUUCUUAUUUAAAAAGACCAGUAAAACCCAGAUCUAAUUGGAGAGGGCAAGUAGAUUAAAUACCAUACCCUGGCAGUCCAAUGGAAAAUGCGACAUACUGGCCAGGCUAUCUUGAUUUGGUUCUGGUGUAUCCCCGCACCUUUCAAAGUGGUGAUUAGAGCCAGGGGACUUCACAGUUCUGGAGGUCUCUCGAGAUUUCAAAUGCCAAGCAAGCGGCACAGCUCUUAUAGAUUACACUCAGAUUGCAAUGCAAACCUGCAACGCCAUUUACUGAACACAGGAAAUAAUAAGGAUGGCACAAAGUAGUUUGGAAAUAGUGGUGGUGGAUUGUUAUAACUCAAUAGUAAUCCUUGAGUGAUGUAUCUCAUUGAAGAAAGAAUCCAUAAUAAUGAUCAAUGAUACGGUAGGAGAAGAGGAGUUUAUAUUUUUACUGAGUGGACUAUAUUAAAGAAACUUUAUGUAAAUGUGUUUGUUUACAAUGAUAAGGCAACGUUGUUUUACUUUAGCUCUGUAUGUAACAUUGCAACUUGUAACAGCAAAGUAAUUAAAAGUGGUGGGGGGGGGGGGGGGGGGGGGGGGGUCGGCAGAAUUAAAGUUAUGCCUGUGUAUAGUCUUCAUGACCCUAGCCCACAGAAGCCUUCUGAAAUAACAAUACCGUUUCUUUGUUGGAUGAACUGAAUAAAUGGACCGUCAGACAGAGUGAUUGUACCCACAUUUCAUGUAGUGCACUGUAUUAAAGUAAAUAUGAACGAACCCAAUCACCUGCAAAGAGUGCUAAAACCAUCAUCAGGUUUCUCAGGGCUAUUAUGUAAUAACGCUGUUGA